AUGCGCGCCGCCGCUUCCCUGCCCCACAUCGCGCGGGGGCGGGGGGAGGAAGGCGGCGGGCGGCGGAGCCCCUGCCUGCUCGUGGCGCUGCGGCCCCGCAACGUGGAGGCGGAACGGGAGCGGUUCUUCCGCGCCAGCUUCGCCUACGACCCGCAGUUCGAGUACGCCGAGCCGGUCCCCGCCGCCGUGCUGGAUAAAUACGGAGCCGCCUCCGAUCGCUUCGUCGCCCAGGCGAUCAGGAUCAUUCGUGCCGUCCUGGAGAAGUACGGGACCUACGAGAGCUUCGAAGUUGCCACAGGUGGGAGGCUGUUGAGCAAGUGCCAGAUCUGGUCCGUUAUCCGAAAGUACAUGCAGAAGGAAGGCUGCGUGGGAGAGGUGGUGGUGCAGCUUACUGAUGACCUCCUGUCGCAGGCAGUGAUGAUGGUGGAGGACAGCCGGCCGACGCUGGCCAUCAACCUGGCCGGAGCCCGGCAGCACUGGCUGGAGGGGAUGCUGCGCCACGAGAUAGGCACCCACUACAUCCGGGGGGUGAACAACACCCGCCAGCCCUGGCACAGCUCUGAGGGUCGCAAGCAGUACAGCCUGAAGCCUGCCAACCCCACGGAGGAAGGCUUGGCCAGCCUGCACAGCGUCCUCUUCCGCAAGCAGCCCUUCCUGUGGCGGGCAGCCCUGCUCUACUACACCAUCGAGCGGGCCAGCCGCCUCUCCUUCUCCGCCCUCUUCCAGGACCUGGAGCAGUAUGUCCAGGAUGCCGGUGUCCGGUGGGAAUACUGCGUGCGGGCAAAGCGGGGCCAGACUGACACCUCACAGCCAGGCUGUUUCAGUAAAGACCAGGUCUACCUGGAUGGGAUUCUCCGCAUCCUGCGCCAUAGGCAGACCAUCGACUUCCCACUGCUGGCUGCACUUGGAAAGGUCUCCUACGAAGAUGUGAAUCGGCUGAAGAAAUUUGGGGUCCUGGAGAAGGCCCGCAUCCCCCAUUUCAUGCAGGACCUGGAGCGGUACAUGAAACAGCUGGACCACAUUGUCACCACCAAUGGCCUGAACGAGGAGGAGCUGGAGCAGCUGCUGCCCGACUGAGGGGCAUUCCCCCCACCCUGCAAACCAGUGUUCCAAGGGUGUAACUGGUGCCAUUUAUUGGAUAUUUAUUGGGGCUGGAGCCUGGAGGAGAGGGCAGAGCCUGGGCCUCCUCCCCUGCGCCUGGGCGGCUGCUGUGCAUGUACUGGCUGUGUAGGGUAGCGCGGCCAAGAGGGCCGGUGUGGUUAGUGUUGAUGUGUGUCCCCCCCACUGUCCCCUGUGCAUUUUUGGGGAUGGCUGCGUGGCUUUGGGGAGCUGGAGAAGAGGGUUCAG